CUCGCGAGAUCUGGCCCGGGCCUCCGUCGGAUUCCGUGUCGGUGGAGCUGCGGCCGCGAUUUUGUGCCCGCUCCAGCCUCAGGAUCGGGGCUGAAUUCACGCCUAGGUUCCAGCUCGGGAGAGUGAACAUGCUAUCUAUGACUUAUAAUUUUUCAUCACAUGGAUGAAUUCUGAAGAUUGGUUGUGUACAAGUCAAGGCAUUCAGGGACAUUGAUUUCUUCUCCGCAAUUAUUAUGGGGGCUAAUUGUUGCAUAGCUGCCAAGGAGAGGCCUGAGCCAUCUGUAGCUUCAGUUGAAGUUUCGGUAUACAGGACAAGACACUCACCAUCAUGGAGCUUCCGGUGGGACAACCGCACACACAUAGAAGAUAUAAUGGAAAACGCUACACUGUUUUCCAAUCACAGUAGUGGAAGCAUUCGGCCAGAACUAAAGAGUGGUUCUGUUGCGCCAACUGAAGGCCAUCACAAUGAGGAUAGCCUUUCUGACGUUCGUGUGGUCAAAUGGCAAAAAUCUGACAAGAAGAUGGAAGCAUUCAAACGCUUGAAAUCUGUUCCUCGAGGUGUUCAAUCUACAGCAAACAGUUCACCCCUUGAGGCAAAUUCCUGCAAGUCGUUAGACAUGGUAACUGUUGCUUCAGACAUAAAGACAUCAAAGUCCCUUCCUUCAACGCCACCCAUAGUAUCCAGAGCAGAUCCUUCGUCCUCUAGGUGUCAUUCUCUUCAUGUGGACUCCUUUUCAAUGAGGAAAGCUCGUCGAUCACCUGGACAUCAGCUAUGUAGGCAGAUCUCGGACACCAAGAUCCCAUCUCUCAAGUCUUUCAAUGAGAGUAGCUAUGUGGAAGAAAGGCCAUCAAGUUCCAUGCUCUCUGCCUGCAGCAAUGAUACAUUUGCAGGAGGUUCACAACAUGGUGGGUCAUCUGAUGGGUGGUCAACUCGCACAUUUUCUGACUUGGUGGCCUCAUCUCAAAGAGACCGGUGGUCAGUUGACAGUGAGCUUUUUGGCUCCAUCACCAGUAAAACAGCUAGAUCAAAUGAUUCACAUGCUACUGCCCCCUCUCCUGACCAAGGGAUUUGCAAGCUGUGCUUAAAGCUAUUAAAGGAGCGGUCUACAUGGAGUGCUCAUGAGCUGGGAGUCGUUGCUGUUUUAUUCUGUGGCCAUGCAUACCAUGCAAACUGUUUGGAUAGUAUAACUGUGGAGAGUGAGAAAUUUGACCCUCCAUGUCCUGUAUGCACACAUGGUGAGAAGGGUACAGCAAAACUUUUUGGUAAGUUGGACUCAAAGAUUAAGAGCAGGAAAUCUAAAAACUUGAUGUCAGAUACUGAUAUAGAUAGGAGCUCUAAGCACCAGAAGAAAAGUAUGAGAGAACCCAGGUUAGGUACAAGUUCUAGUAUGAAGGAUUCAUUCCGUCGACCAUUUUUGCGGAGGCACUUUUCAAUUGGUUCUCGACCACCAAGAUCGAUGUUGGGGAGCGAGCCAACAGGAAAAAAAGGCUUCUGGGCACGACACUGGAGAGAAUAGCCAGCUGCACAUCAUCAAUGCAGUUAGUAUCUUCGUAUGUAUUUUUACUCCAUAAAUUCAAUGCCGAUAACUCUUUGCGUGCAAAGUGAGCCUCCUGAGCGAGCAAGGAUAGGAGUCAAAGAUUCAUAUUGUAAGUUUCAGUACUUUUCAUCAAAGCACACUUCGUGCUAAACAAAUUUAGUGAGACUAGGAGCUGUCUUAUACUUAUGGGCAUGGAUUAUUGCGGUCUUACUUCGCUACCAGGCAAUGUAAUAGAAUAGAAAUGGGAAUAGUCUCCCAGGCCAGAUUUAAAGGUUUAAAUCUGCUAUGAUAUAUUGUUACCUUUCCAUUCUCUUUUGUAAUAUUCGUUGCCAGUUCAAAUACAUAUAAUAUGAAAAUUGUAGCAUCAGUUCUUUGCA